UUUCCGAGCGCCAUGCUGGAGCCUUGCUGGGUGAACGAAGAGGAGUUCGUGCUUGCACUGGUCCACACGGGGCUCCUAUCCGAGGAUACAGGCCCACUCGUCAAGAACGUUGAUCUGCAUGCGUGGCUCGAGCAUCUCUGCGCCUCUGACGAGGACGUGAAGCGCAUUAUCGAUUCCCUAUCUGCACAGGGCUGGUUGCAACCUUCGUCCGUCUCAACACAGUCCGCCACCGAGGAGAGGUCGUACCUUAUUCGUAUGUCGCCUUCAGAAGCCUCAACUCGGCAUGUGCACCACGGGCCGUCGCCCGACUCAGCGAUAGCGCCCGAGGUCAAAAAGAAGGCGUUUCGCACGUGCUUCCCCACGGUGUCGGUCAAGGCCGAGAAAAUGUAUCUCAAGCUCACGGACCCUCACGUUCUUGUGUAUGCAACCUUGGGCCUGAACCUCGUAAACCGCGGCGAUUGUUCGGUGCCUGCGUACUCGCGUGAGAUGAAGAUUAUGGGGGUCGACGCUCAAACCAGGACAAUUGUCGCAAAUUUACUCGCCAAAGCGUUUGCGGCCCAUGACAAGGCGCAACUCCACCAGCGCUCGAGCUGACAUGAAUGUGAUUUGCAACCUGCUUGCCUUUGAACGGCCCCGUUUCUCGAUGUGGCGUCGAAACAAGGGUGCAUUCUGGUUCAUGGUCGAAUGAAUGAAUAUCCAGGCACGAA